UGCUUCUCUUCCAGCAGGUGCAGCUACUUUUCCCUGAAYGUUACUGUCACAGAAAGCAAACCAAACAGCCCAAACAGAACCAGUUUGAAUCCCACCCAGUUUUACUGCAUCAGUUGUGGAAAUAAUGAGGAAGCUUCAGAAAAAGGAAGCACAAACGUUCUCAUGUUGUCAGACAGGUGGAAUCUUCUCAACCACAGCUGCUGUUUUGCAGAAUUAUUAAUGGAUACCAGCGUGGCUCCGUGCACAACGUUUCGUUCACAUUCUGUGGACAGAACGUCCGCAGCAACAACUGAAAGCUACUCUGAGAGCAACCUGAAGUUUAUCUGUAAGUUUUGGUCCGGUGCUCUGCAGACRUGUGGCAAUGAAAACCACUGUGGCAACGAGAAUAAUGAGUCGGUGUCAGUCAUCCUCCCUGCUCAGUGUAGCAUCUACCAGCUGAGGCUACGCAUUAGUAUGAAGGCACAGGAACAAACCCACCAUCCAGAACCAUUUGCAAUACUGGAUCCUGAGAAGUACACCCUGCUGUACGCCAGAGGGGAUGAGUGGUAUGAGGCCUACGAUGACUGUCAGAUUGUCAGGACGUUAGAUGUUCCAUGGUCACGUGACGACUCACAGUAUCUAUCUGCACAAAUAGCUGUGAAACCGCUGAUUGCAGCUGAUCCAGAGGAGAAGAAAAGACAACAGCAGUGUUURAAUUACCUGAUCGGACAUGACCUUGAGAAAGAGGCAUCCGACCGGCUCGGUGAACUCACAUUCACCCGCAGGAAACUAGCGUCUUCACGAAGGCAAGAGCUAAAGAACCGAGAUGAGACUUUGUACACCACAGAGCCCUGGAUAACUUGUGCCCCAGUCCCAAACGAGCUUGAGGACUGGCUGAAAAGAAAGGUUUCUGUCACCUUCCACUACCUGAACAGGAUCAGUUUUUGUGUAGAAGUAGAUUGUAACGCGAGCCCAGAUGUUCUCCUCAAAUUUUUCAGAAGAGUUGCAGCAGAUAAGGCRGUUGAGUACGACACUUCUGAUGAUCUGGUGCUGAAGGUCACAGGGAGRGAGGAGUUUUUUUCCGGUGACUACACCCUCAUCGAAUUCCUCUGGGUUCGACAYUGUUUGAAAACCAACCAGGACCUCCACCUCUCUGUGGUUCCUGUCUCGCACCUUCCAGCCGAGACCAUCAGGUUCGUAGACUGGCCGCUUGUUGACGGYUUCAGCGGUCAGUUCAGUUCCCACGAAGAUCUCAGUCUCCAAGGUAAGGAUUUGGAUGACAUCUUCAUGAUCUCCUUGUGGGACUGUGAGAGACGGCUCAGGGUCAAACUGCUUGGAUUUGAUGUGCCCAAGCUGCCAAACAAACGGCCUCAGUCUGUCUACRUUGAAGCUUCUAUACUUUAUGGUAGCAAGGUCCUCUCCUCGGUGUCCUCCRUACCCAAACCCUUUGCAGACGAGGUGUUGUGGAACGAGUGGCUGGAGUUUGAUAUCCUCCUCAGGGACCUGCCUCGUGGAGUCAAGCUUGGCCUUACGAUUAACUCAAGUGCUACGGACAUGUCUCCAACAGCCAAGGACCCAAAGUCACCGGGAGCCCGAGACUCAAAGGGAACACUCAGCAGAGACUCGAAGCCACCGUUUUCAGCCAACAAAGCUGCAGACUCUCAGAAAGGGAAGGAGAAGGUGCUCUACUUCGUCAAUCUUCUUCUCAUAGAUCACAGAUCUGUUCUCAGCCAGGGUUCCCACACCCUGCACAUGUGGUCCUAUGCUGACCAGGAGGACGAGGCCAUCACCUACAAAGCAGACAAGUUGUCCUCAGCUACAAACCCAAACAUCGCUGACUCCAUGGCCAUCACUGUGCUUUUAGACCGCUACAGUUUCCCAGUGGUUCUYCCGAACACCCUGAGCCAGAGUGUCAGCAAUCCCACCUCUGAUCUUCUCCUGGACAAAUCCUCCUUUUCAGCCUCUCCUCAGACCACCAGCCCAGAGCCUCUUUCUCCACAGAACACUCUUCAGGUCCCAAACACUGAUACUGACACCCUCAGAAACCAAACUCCAGUUGUUAGCAGCAAGAGAGCUUGCCUCAAAACRUUCAGGAUUGAGAGUGUCCAGUACGCCUCCAGCCUGCCACACUUCUUGCGCAAUAUUGAUUGGAUGAACCGCAGGGUGGUUGAGGACGUCCACUGGUUACUGGGACACUGGGAUCCUGGGGAGCUGGACGUAGCUGUGGCCCUGGAGCUGCUGAGCAUGGACUUUGCUGACGAGACGGUCAGAAGACUAGCAGUGCAGAGACUGGAGACCCUGUCCAAUGAUGAUGUGCUGAAGUACUUGCUGCAGCUGGUGCAGACCUUGAAGGUAGAACCUUACCACGACAGUUUCCUGGCUCGUUACCUAAUCCAAAGAGCUCUGCGGAGCAAGAGAAUUGGACACUUCUUCUUCUGGUACGUCCGCAGUGAGGUGGCAGGGUGCCCGUAUUUUCGCCAGCGCAUGGCUCUGAUUUUGGAGGCCUUCCUGCUGGGAUGUGGUCAGGCCAUGAUUGACAGCUUCACCCAGCAGGUGCAGGCUGUGGAGGCCCUGGAGGAAGUGGCUAAAAACAUCAAGAGACUCUACCCUGAGAAAACUGAUCUGMCUUCUGCAGCUCCCCUCAAGCUGCAGGAGCUCUUACGAAGAAGUAAUCUGCCAAAUGAGUUCCUGCUGCCCUUUGACCCUCGCAUCAAAGUGGGAAGAAUCUUGCUGGACAAAUGUAAGGUGAUGGCCUCCAAGAAAAAACCUCUGUGGCUGGAAUUUUCCGCCAUGCCGUCGCCCACCUCCACCACACCUGUCGGGAUCAUCUUUAAAGAGGGGGACGACCUCAGACAGGACAUGCUGGUCAUUCAGACUUUGGUGGUGAUGGACUCGAUCUGGCAAGAGAAAUCUCUGGACCUCAAUCUUAUCCCWUAUGGUUGCAUCUCCACAGGGCAGAACAUAGGCAUGAUUGAAAUAGUGAGGAAUGCAGCGACCAUUGCUGAGGUCCAACGAAGCAACGGAGGAACGACAGCGGCCUUUAGAAACGAUGCUUUGUUCGAGUGGCUCAAAUCCAAGGGUCCUCUUAAAGAAAUACACUACAACACUGUAGAGAAGUUUGUGAAGUCCUGUGCCGGUUACUGCGUGGCCACCUAUGUACUGGGUAUAGGAGACCGACACAAUGAUAACAUCAUGAUCACAGACCAAGGAAACUUGUUCCACAUCGACUUCGGACACAUCCUGGGGAACAGGAAGCACUUCCUUGGUGUGAGCAGGGAGCGUGCGCCGUUCGUCCUCACACCUGAUUUCCUGUAUGUGAUGGGCAGGGUCAAAGGUCGAAACAGCCUCUAUUUUCAACGCUUCAGAGACACUUGCAGCCAAGCGUACCUCCUGCUGCGCUCCCACUCUCGCCUGCUGGUCACUCUUUUCUCCCUGAUGCUGCUGACGGGCAUCCCGGAGCUGAGUGCAGCCGAGGACAUGCGAUACCUGCGGGAGGCGCUCCAGGAAGAACAAAACGAGGCUGAGGCCAAGGAGCAUUUCCUUCAACAGAUCUGUGCGUGUGAGCAGCUCGGGUGGACCGUCCAGGCCAACUGGUGGAUCCACCUGCUGGCGGGCAUCAAGUAGACCUCUGUGGUCUGCUGGAAUACUGUCAUGUCUUUGUGGAGCACUGACUCACUCAGUCUGGGUUUUUUUUUUCUGUCAUGAAUUCAGAGCUGUCAAGCCAACAGAAAUUUUCUAAUUCACAGAUAAAGUAUCAAAUGUGUUUGUUUCAUGUUUAAAAUAUUUGAAAAUUAAAGAAAAUAAAUCCAGUUUGAGGCAGUUAUA